AUGUCUGAACCUACAGCAUCUUCUGAAUCGACUGCAUCUUCUGCAUCUCCUGCAUCUCCUGCAUCAACCGCACCUUCUGAUUCAACUGCAUCUCUUGAUACCAGCAAUCUUUCUGAGCCCACCAUGUCGACUGCUCCUGAAGUCCAGAUUCAGGACCUUCUGAACAAGCCGAGAAGCGAGCUCACUGAAUAUGAGGUCUCUCUCGUCGAGUCGCAUGAGCUCAGCGCCGGCCCCCUGUCGCUCCUGCUGACCGCCACGCGCACCCACACCCAGGUCCUGAUCUCCUGCCGCAACAACCGCAAGCUGCUGGCGCGUGUCAAGGCUUUUGAUCGCCACUUCAACAUGGUUCUCGAGAACGUCAAGGAGAUGUGGACCGAGUACCCCAAGGGUGUCAAGGGCAAGGGCGUGAACAAGGACCGCUUCAUCAGCAAGAUGUUCCUUCGUGGCGACUCCGUCAUCCUGGUCCUGCUCAGCUAA